ACAAACAAAUCUGACAAAAUCUCAAAGAUAAUUAUAACCCUUAGGGGUCCCAGAUUUCUCCUCCUCAGGAAAUGGCAAGGGGGUGUGGAGAGGGGCCGCCCGCUUUGGCUGGCUUAGUUUCCUUCCCACAACCCUUUCUGGAGAAACCCUAAAUGCCCCCAUUUUUUGGUCCUGGAAAUUUCCUCCUGGAAAUUUCCCUAUCUGCACCCCCUGCCCUGUAGCUUAGGCUAUUCAGCAGAGAUUUGCAGGCUCCAGUAGGCGUCGGACUUACAGAGGCCAAAUGUGACCAUGUAAAUUCCCGGGCCCACCCGUGACAGAGAGCGUGUGAUUCAGCAGGCCUCCUGUGAGGCUGGAGGUUUGAAACCCGCGUCCCGUGAUUGGGACGGGGAUUGAGGGCCAUAUUCCGCGCCUGGCCAACAGAGGGCGCAGCGGGCUGGGCUCAGCGGUCGCCCUUUGAGAGCUUGUGUCUAUAGACAGGUUGCUGUAAUCAAGGAUUUGCUGGUUAGACAACAGGCAAGGGGUGAGCUGGGUCCCCUUGGGCAGAAGCCUAGGGAAGGAAGCCCGACAACAGGAAAGAGGCUCACAUCUGGUACUGGGCACAUGGCUGGGCCUUGGUCCUCGUGCCCCUGGACUUCAGAGCUAAGAGGGGCCAGGGCCAGGCCUGGCCUGGAAUCUGGAUGGACCUGUUCUGCCCUAGGGCACGCCAUUUACCCAGUCCUGAGCUCAGAGAGCGUCUGUCGUUCCCGUGGGAAAACCGAGACAGGGGCAAGGGCUCAGUGGCAACUGCUCUGCCUUCCAGACCAGGGCUCUGUCUUGCCGGGGCUGGGGCACAGAGUGGACCCCAGGAAGUUCUGCUAUGAAUCAGCUCCGAGGGCUCAGGGGACAGGACAGAGGCUGCUGGCCGAGGGAGGAUGCCGGCCGGCGGUACCUACUUCCGCAGCUGCGGGUAGCCCUGCCUGGUGAUUCAGCUUCCCUCUGAGGGUCCCCAGGUGGCGCCGCCCUGGACUGGGAGGCUGGGGAGGAUGCUGGGGCUACGGAGGGGCGGUGGAGGUGCCUUAAGGGACUACGUAAUCCAGCUCUGCUGGAUGCUGAGGUUCUACGAUAAUUGUGGCCAGAGAUCAGGGAGCGGGCGGCGGCAGCGGCGGCGGAGGAGGCAGAGGCGGAGGCGGAGCCAAGAGCGCACCACCGCGCCCGCCGUGCCGGGCCUGAGCUGUAGCCGGGCGUGAGUCGCAGCAGGAGCCACAGCCGGAGUCACAGCCGCAGCCAGAGCCGCAGUCAAAGCCUCCGAGAGCAGGAGUUGGAGCGCAGGCCCUGCUGGAACCGCGCCUAGCUCGCCGCCAGGCACCGGCCGGAGCACGGGCCGUGGUGUCAGCUCACUGCGCGGGCAGUGUGGGAGACAGCGAGCCCGCGACCCCCCAGGCUGGGCACCACCAGGCGCGGAGCCCGGAUCGCCCCUCUGCCAGACCUGGUCACGGCCAGAGCACGCAGGAGGUCCCAGGGUCUGGAUCUGCGCGCACCCUAAUGACCUGGGGACCGAAGAGAAAAAAGGAACGAGGAUUUCAUCUAAAAGCAUAGCGUGGGCACUAGGCGAGGAGGCGAGUGGAGACCGCCUGGCACGGGGCAGAGGUGCCUGGAGCCCACGCUUUAGCAUCGGAGACCCUGGCAUCCUAGCAGCCACGACCUUGGCUCUACCCUGAGUUGGAAACACAGCUUAGCUCCUAGACAUCGCUGGCACAGGCCUGGCACAAGUAAGCAGUGUUCUCACCUGUCUGAAACGGGACACGGGGUCGGAGGAACCAGGAUCUAGCCUGGCCCCAAGCGGGGCUCUCUGGUGGCCCAGAGGUGGUCAUUGGGGAGCCUACCUCCUGCCCUAGCCCCACUGGUGCGGAUGUGCCGCUGCCCGCCGGAGCACCAUGAUGGCAGGAUGACCUCAACCGAAGUAGCAGCAGCAGCUGGUGGUGCUCGGGCAGCUGGGCCCCCCGAGUGGCCCCCUGGCAGCCCUCAGGCCCUCCGGCAGCCUGGCCGGGCCCGGGUGGCCAUGGCAGCACUGGUGUGGCUGCUGGCCGGAGCCAGCAUGUCAAGCCUCAACAAGUGGAUCUUCACAGUGCAGGGCUUUGGGCGGCCCCUGCUGCUGUCCGCGCUGCACAUGCUGGUGGCAGCCCUGGCGUGCCACCGGGGGGCACGGCGCCCCAUGCCAGGCGGCACUCGCUGCCGAGUCCUACUGCUCAGCCUCACCUUCGGCACUUCCAUGGCCUGCGGCAACGUGGGCCUAAGGGCUGUGCCCCUGGACCUGGCACAACUGGUCACUACCACGACGCCUCUGUUCACCCUGGCCCUGUCGGCACUGCUGCUGGGCCGCCGCCACCACCCGCUGCAGUUGGCGGCCAUGGGUCCGCUCUGCCUGGGGGCCGCCUGCAGCCUGGCUGGAGAUUUCCGGACACCUCCCACCGGCUGUGGCUUCCUGCUGGCAGCCACCUGCCUCCGCGGACUCAAGUCGGUUCAGCAAAGUGCCCUGCUGCAGGAGGACAGGCUGGAUGCGGUGACCCUGCUCUACGCCACCUCGCUGCCCAGCUUCUGCCUGCUGGCAGGUGCAGCCCUGGUGCUGGAGGCUGGCGUCACCCCACCGCCCGCUGCUGGUGACUCUCGCCUCUGGGCCUGCAUCCUGCUCAGCUGCCUCCUGUCUGUUCUCUAUAACCUGGCCAGUUUCUCCCUGCUGGCCCUCACCUCUGCCCUCACCGUCCACGUCCUGGGCAACCUCACUGUAGUGGGCAACCUCGUCCUGUCCCGGCUCUUGUUUGGCAGCCGCCUCAGUGCCCUCAGCUACGUGGGCAUCGCACUCACUCUUUCAGGAAUGUUCCUUUACCACAACUGUGAGUUUGUGGCCUCCUGGGCUGCCCGUCGGGGGCUGUGGCGGAGGGACCAGCCCAGCAAGGGUCUUUGAGACCUAGGGGAUCUUAGGAGCCACCUGGGAUGGCCCUGGCCUGAAUCCAACCCUCAGCCAUGGCCAUAGGAAGAAUGGAAAACAGGGCUGGGCAUGGUGGCUCACGCCUAUAAUCCCAGCACUUCCAGAGGCCGAGAUGGGUGGGUCAUCUGAGACCAGGAGUUUGAGACCAGCCUGGCUAACAUGGCAAAACCUUGUCUCUACUAAAAAUAUAAAAAUUAGCUGGGCAUGGUGGCGCAUGCCUAUAGUCCCAGCUACAUGGGAGGCUGAGGUGGGAGGAUCACUUGAGCCCUGGAGAUCAAGGCUGCAGUGAGCCAAGAUCGCAUGCCACUGCCCUCCAGCCUGGGAGACAGAGCGAGACCCUGUCUCAAAAAAAAAAAAAGUGGAGAACAGGCGGUGACCUCUGUUGGGGGCCAUGGCAGGGAGGGGAGCUUUCUGGAAGCGCUGGCUUGGAGGUUGGAAUGGGGACUCCCAGGGAGACCUGCCUCCCAUCCCUGCCUGCCUCACCCCUGCCACAGACUCUGCUCACCACUGGAUGGUGGGUCCGAGCCUGGCACAGUCCCUGUGCUUGUCAGAGUCAUUAUGAUCAAUAUCAACUAUGAUGCCAAAAAUUGCUGGGCAGACUCUGAAGACCUCAACGUGUUACGAUGACGAUGGUGAUGAUUCUUGGCGGUUCCACAAUCCUUCCUCUUGGAGGGGAGGCAGCUAGGAGGCCCAGCGGGGGGGCUUCUAUGCCGCUGGGCUCCCCUAGGGAGUUGGGGUAGUCUAUGCCAACUGCAGGCAGCUGCUGUGGCCUCACCCCUGGGCCCCCCAAUUUUGGGUCAUCCAUCCUCAAAUACACUAUUUUUGCUUGUA